AUGGGAACCGAAGUGGAUCGCCUCAGCCGGUUCGAGGUAGCAUCAAAGAGUGACCGACCAAAAGGAGUCGGACUUCGGUUGCCCAUGAGACUCUCCUCAUUCUACACUUUUGUAGAAAUGCAAUCCGUUCUACUCGCACAAUGUCAUGAAGGACCUACGCCUUCAAAGCCACAUUUGCCCGACGACCCUUCGGCAGUCGUGGCGCUGGAAGGGUAG